GGUGGGGUGUUCAACUGGCGACGGUGUUCAUCUGGCGCACGGUUACUGUAGCCCGCUAGCUGCUGCCUUGCACCCCGCAUGCAUCAACCCUUCUUUCCGCUCCACUAUACCUAUGGUCUUCGCAGUCGCAGAGUCUGUAUCAUCGCAGAAUUGCGCGUUUGCUGUUUUUACGAGAAACAAGUCGCAUACGAUGCUUAUCGUCACCGCCGUCGUGCAUCUCGAUACCCCGCAUUCGCACCCCAGCCUUCUCCCCGAAUCCCUGUGCAGGUCUCAAGGCUGACUGACAGCAGUCAGAGUUUCUCCACCGUCCUCAGACCUAUCUUCCAGCUAAUGCCUCGUUGAGCCGUGCGCUAGGGUAUGCUUGCCUACAAGUGGCUAGAUACGCGACCGCUGCCUACGACGUUAUUUUGGCGCCGACACCCCUUUUACUUCACUUCUCCUUUUUUAGCAUGGCGAGCGAAUUCCAGGAGAGAUACGCACUUCCUUCGGAGUCCUCAAAACUCGACAGCAACAAGUUUUCGUCUUCUAUGGGAGAUGCCUAUCAAUCCCUCGAGCUUCGGCCUGGCGCGAGGACGAUUCGAAUACUCCAUCUACUACCUCUGUCUACAAUCGAGAAGGGUCAGCAACUACAAGGCACCCUCCAGGUGUACAAAUUGAGCCUAGGCUAUGAUCAAGAACAGUUUGAAGCACUCUCAUACGUAUGGGGUACAGAAGAACAUAUCGACAACCGCCCAGUCAUCAGAUGUAACGGAUGCGACAUACCCAUCACGGACAACUGCCGCGACGCUCUGACACAGUUGUCGCCUAAAGAUGGAUAUCGAAGUAUAUGGGUGGACAGUAUCUGUAUCAACCAGAAGGACAUGGAAGAGCGUAGUCAGCAAGUUGCCAUGAUGCUUGAUAUCUACAGCAAAGCAAAGACAGUGUUAAUUUGGUUACACACCGAGGGAGUGACUAAUGUCGAGACUCAAUGCGCAAUUCGAUCUAUACACGCAGCGAAAAGUUGGCACGUAGAAGAAGACUUUGAACGCACACAGGACGCUUUGUCUUUCUUAUUAAGCAGGUCUUGGUUCUCCCGAGGUUGGACUUUCCAAGAGCUCAUUCUGGGAUCAAAUCCGGUGUUUCUCACAAUCCAGGACGAACUACCAUGGCACGAAGUCAGCCACCUCGUUCUAAGAUACGCCUCUAAAACUCACGCCCAGCCUUCACUCGGAAGAUUUCUGUCGCUCAUAAGACUGUGGUCUACUGUAAACACCCGCAACCGCAUGCGCCUUAUCUUGAUGGAGAGCAGCACGUAUGUCAUAGCUCUUGGGUUAUAUCUAAGUUCUGCAGAGUACUUCUGCCAGAGGCAUCUCUUUAUGUCGCCCCAAAAUGGACGCCCAUCGUUCCUGGCCAUCAUACGCGACAUCAUCUUCUAUUUGUUAUUUGGCUACUCAGCCACCUUGCAAAUUCAAGAGGCGCCUCCUUGGAUAAUAAGUGGCUCCCUACGCAUGAUGUACCCUCUAGGAUCAACCCUGAAAGGGAUGAUUAUUCUGGGAGCUUUGCCGGCAUGCGGAUUUAGUCCUGGUCUACAAAUCCCGUUUCCAUGGCCCAGAGGCUGCCCCAGGCGACAGAUCUUCAUUCUCUCAGUAUUGUGGAUAGCUAAACGCCUGGGUAAAGAAUAUUUCGUACGGCAAUGCCGUGCAUUUAUAGAUGCUGCAUACGUGGUCAUGGUCGUGCCUCGCACCGUGUACGCGCAUUACCGGCGGAGGGAUCUCCACAGCCUCUCCUACCUAUAUAGCCGCAAUCGCCAGUUGGAAUGUGCCGGCUUGAUGGAAGCCCUGAGGACUCGGCAGGUUCUUAACAUGAAAGACAAAGCUUAUGCCAUGUAUGGUAUACUUAAGAAGAUCGGAGUGUGUACCAAGCGCGCAGACUACUCGACAUCAUGUCAAGAGAUCUACUUGGAUCUCUUCCUCAGUCUCAUUAGCUGGCGGGCAACUAUGCUUGCUCUCCUUAUACACGCAGGGAAAGUUUCGUCUAAAGUCCACGACAUGCCAUCCUGGGUCCCGGACUGGAGAACUGACACCAAUUCCGCCUGGUUACCAGAAGACGUUCUACGUCGCUGCACCUCUAAAAGCGUUUACACUAGUGUACGGGAGUGUGGACUGCCCUUCUAUUUCAUCGAUCGUAAAGAACUUACUGUAUUGGGACGCCAGCUGGACAUCGUAGCUUCAGUUGUGCAACUUCCGCAUACAGCCCUGUCAUAUCCUGAUCCUGCCGCGCUGGACGCAAUCUCCCAAUGGCUUGCAUUGGUGCGAGGAAUCACGCGUGAGACAGAAGCACUCGACCUACUUCAUCUUCUAAAGCAAGACUUGAGAGGUGGCGGUAUUAGCUUACCUCAUCGAGCGAACUCCCGGCCAUCGUACCGUGAUCUGGAUACUAAUGCAAUACAGGUCAAUCUCCAGCGCCGUAUUUGUGGGAAAAGACUUUUGUUCGUCACCAAGAACGGCCGUUACGGAACAGGCUCGCUCAACAUCCAAGAAGGUGACACUGUACAUCUUAUCUCAGGCGUUCCUACGCCGUUGUGCUUGAGGAGGCAAGCAAGCGGUGAUAGAUACGAGAUCUCUGGGCCUACCCUAGAGGAUGUGCGCGAUUGCACUACAAUCGCGCUGUUUUGUUAGUAGCGAUAAGAAUGCGAUAAGAAGCGAGGCGUAGGAUCGCG